UGUAUUCUGUCCACGGGUACAUAUUGUGUAUAUAUAUAGAUAUCACGCAUCCGCCCACUUAACAAGUUAUUGUAACUGAAAGUAAUAAUUAACCGAAAUGCGCAGUUCUUCCUUUUAUCUUAAAUACGAGAUAUUUUUGUGAAGUAACGGUGAUGGAGAUACAUGAUUGUGUUUUAAUUGUUUUUCUCCUGGGCUUUGGAGUUGAUUUUUCUACUCAAAACACAAAAAUUCAGCCCGAAUUGAGCGAAAAGAAAUGCUAUAUCAAAGAAAUUGAAUCUUUUAACCCGAAUGACUGCUCUGGAGUAGAAGAGGGUGGACACACGGUUAGACAUCAAGGGGGGUGCAUUGUUGAUGGUGAUCAGACCCUCACAUGUGUACAUGGCCAUUGGUCUGGGGCAGACAGUUCAGUCGAAAUGAUAUGCAGUGAACCGAAAUACCCAUCACAUUCUACAGUCACUUGUUCGGACUCUUUCUUCGGCUACCAAUCAAUUUGUUUAUUUUAAUUGUGAUAGCGGAUACACGUUGAAAG